AGGAGAGAAAGAGAAGAGUCUGACUGUGUGAUGCACGCAGAGAGGCUCCGCUCACAAAUGACAGUUCUCUUCUCCUCCACAUGGAACAAUUGGAUCGCAAUGCGCCUCUCGUUCCCGAGCGAUCACCAUCGUCUGUAAGGGUCCGAACACGCGCAGACCUGUCACCUGUGAAGCGCGCAUUUGGAUUUUUUUUUUUUAUAAAUAUCAUUUAUAAGUGUUUCGUUUCUGUGGAUUACAAGAAGCGGUCUGGAUCUCGAGGACUGAGAGGGUCAAGUGAGCGCAGGUAUCCAACAAGUGGAUGCACGAAUUUACUCGUAGGAGACAAAACCCUGGAACUAAAAAUACAAACUGUGAGUGGACUCGUAACCUACUUUUAAUUUUGUUUGUUUAACCAGGUUACAGUACAGACACCAGCGCUCAUUCGCUUUGCCACAGACGUGGAGCUCGUCUUGAUUAAUAGUGAAUUACAUGUGUGCGCAUUAUCUCGCUCUGGAGUAGUCUCUCUCUCUCUCUCCCUCUCUCUCUCUCUCUCUCUCUCGCUCUCUCUCGCUCUCUCUCUCUCGUGACUUUGUGUGUUUUAGUUCUUGCAAGCAAAUAACAAAAAUGCAAUGAGGUGAGACCGCCUACUCGUCCCUGCGCUCCAUUAAUUGACCAAAAGCGAGAUUGAGACGGACACGCUGCGGAAUCCACCGUUUGCCACUACAGCCCUCUUCCCAUCCACUCACUUGCUUCUCCGUUCCCUCGGUGACCGUGGGCGGAAGUUGUGGUCAUCUCCAUAGACAUUUCUGUAUGUCGAGGGCGCAGGUGACAGCCAAAGGUCGCAGUCAUGCCGAUGCAUCCAGUCACCUCCACGUUGAUGUACCGGGGGAUCUGCACCAUCCCUGACAUCCUGUACAGCGCACCGGUCAACCUGCCUGAGGACGAAGUUGAAGAAAUCCGAGAGGCCUUCAAAGUGUUUGACCGCGAUGGGAACGGAUUCAUCUCGAAGCAGGAGCUGGGAAUGGCCAUGCGCUCCCUCGGCUAUAUGCCAAACGAGGUGGAGCUGGAAGUCAUCAUCCAGAGACUGGACAUGGAUGGCGAUGGCCAGGUGGACUUUGAGGAGUUUGUCACUCUUCUGGGCCCGAAGCUGACAGCAGCUGGGUUGCCAGACAAGUUCAAUGGCACCGACUUUGACUCUGUCUUUUGGAAGUGUGACAUGCAGAAGCUGACGGUAGAGGAACUGAAGAGGCUUCUAUAUGACACUUUUUGCGAUCACCUUUCCAUGAAAGACAUCGAGAACAUCAUUAUGACCGAGGAGAACCACAUAGAGAAUCCAGGGGAAUGCCAAGUGGAUAUAGACAGUUCCAGCCCGACGCAGCAAGUCAAGCAAACAUGCGUGCGCAAGAGCCUGAUAUGCGCCUUUGCCAUCGCUUUCAUUAUCAGCGUCAUGCUCAUUGCAGCCAAUCAAGUGCUGCGAAGCGGCAUGAAAUAGAAGCUGCUGCAUGUUCAGCCUUCACCAAUACCGUAAGGCUCCUUUACAGAAAAAUGACUGUGUAAAAGAAAACAAAAAAACAAAA